ACACCCUGAUCACCUGAUAACGGCGAGUUUUGAUAGCAUUAAAAGUAUAAAUCGUGAAUUACCAGAUAGACUUCAUCAGUUCCACAGGUUUUGUUAAGUAAGAUGGUGAUCGCGAAAAAAAUAAUUUACGCCAAACGAUUUGAGGGUGAGCCGACGCCCUCGAAUUUUCGAUUGGAGACCGAAGAGCUGCCGGCUCUUGGCUCUGGGGAAAUAUUAUGCGAAGCGGAGUAUCUGAGUGUCGACCCCUACAUGCGACCUUACAUGUCGCGGUUCCCCGUGAACAGUGUUAUGAUUGGCGGUCAAGUGGCCAAGGUUAUCGAAAGCAACAAUCCCAAGUAUCCUGUUGGCUCGCACGUAUUUGGAUAUUUCGGGUGGAGAUCCCAUACAGUCGUGAAACCAUCUGAAGGCACAGUUGAAAAUUCAAUGAAUCCAGAUGAAGUGACGCGUCUCGAUGACUUUGAAGGACUUCCAUAUUCGCUUGGAAUCGGUUAUCUUGGCAUGCCAGGCUCCACAGCCUACUUUGGGUUUCUCGAAUUAUGUAAGCCGAAGGCAGGGGAAGUUGUGGUUGUGACGGGAGCAGCAGGGGCGGUUGGAAGUCUUGUGGGACAGAUUGCAAGAAUCAAAGGAUGCAAAGUCAUCGGAUUUGCUGGGUCUGACGAAAAAUGUACGUGGUUGAAAGAAGAACUGGGUUUCGAUUACGCUUUCAAUUACAAAACAUGCGAUGUUGGCAAAAGUCUGAAUGAAGCUGCACCCACUGGUGUCGAUUGCUACUUCGAUAAUGUUGGCGGUGAAAUCAGCUCAGUCAUAAUCAGUAAAAUGAAUAAGUAUGGAAGGAUUUCCGUUUGCGGAUCGAUUUCCGGUUACAAUGACACCAAAAUACGUCUAGCUCCUGUUGUGCAACCAUCCUUUAUUUUCAAUGAGUUAAAAAUGGAAGGAUUUUUGGUCCAUAGAUGGAAAGAUCGCUUCCCAGAAGCUGUUAAAGCUGUAAGAGAUUGGAUCAAAGAUGGCAAAGUGAAAUAUAGAGAAACUGCUACGAAAGGAUUCGAAAACAUGCCCCAAGCAUUUAUGGAUAUGCUCAAGGGAAAGAAUUUAGGAAAAGCAGUUGUACAGGCAUAAAUUACUAUUUUCCAAAUAUUUGGCAACUUUUCCUUUAUGUAUAUGUUACAAUUUUCAUUAAAAUUAUUUUAAAUUAAAUGAAUUAUAAGUCGUA